AAAUGUCGAUACCAAGAAUGGAGAUGAGUAUAUAACCGCAUCGGCGUUUGCCAUAAUCACAGUCACAGUGCAACGCUUAACUUUGACACACUUAAAAUGAGAGCCUUCAUCGUCCUUGCCCUGAUCGCCGCGGCCUCGGCCGACGUGUCCCACCUCUUCAACAAGCCCGGCCAGCAGCGUCUCCAGCCCUCGGGCGGCCCUGACACCCAAGCUGAGAUCCUGCAGCAAGCCAGCGACGUGAGGCCCGAUGGCUACGAAUCCAGUUUCCAGACCAGCAACGGCAUCUCCGCUCAGGAGUCGGGACAGCUGAAGACCUUUGGACCUGAGGAGGAGGCCAUAGUUGUAUCCGGGCAAUACAAGUACACCGCUGACGACGGCACUCCCGUGGAGGUCUCCUACACUGCCGACGAAAAUGGUUUCAACGCGCAGGGUCCUCAUCUGCCCACCCCUCCCCCGGUCCCGGAAGCCAUCGCCCGUGCCCUCGCGUACAUCGCCGCGCACCCCCCACCACCAGAACCCCAGCAAGGCCAAAAGAAGUUCUAAAUGAUUGACACACCCGAACUUGUAUGAAAUAAACUUAUAGUUACUUAUCUU